CUGCGCAGAUUUCCCUAAAAUUUUAAAGCUUAGCUUUCCUUUUUCCACCGUCAAAAGCAUAUAGUUGACCGCGUGUCUCAAGUCAAAUCAAAGCCCAUUCAAAAAUCCGUAGUACAUGUAAUGCAACGAUAACUUUGGCUUCCGCGCUGUCUCUUUGCGUAUUUAUAUGCAAGCAAUUUAGGGCUCCCUCUCCCGCCGCCCGCUCCAUUAGUUUCCUGAAGCAACUCCUAUUGAUUAUUAUUUGGUGAGUGGUGCUGGAGGGAAGGGAAGUAUAUUUAUUGGAUGGCUCUUCGAUUUGAGAUUCUUGGAAGAUUUAAUCGUGCUCGUGCAGCUCAACUGACACUUCCUCACUUUGUGUGCCAAACACCUCUAUUCAUGCCCGUCGGUACACAAGGGACUAUAAAAGGUUUAACAAAUAACCAGCUAGAGGACAUUGGUUGCCAAAUUAUUCUUGGAAACACUUAUCAUUUGGCUCUCCGUCCUACUUCUGAGCUCAUUGAUGAGAUGGGAGGUCUCCACAAAUUUAUGAACUGGCCAAGGGCGCUGCUUACUGACUCCGGUGGUUUUCAAAUGGUCUCCUUAUUGCAUUUGGCAGACAUCACAGAAAAGGGAGUCACGUUUCAGUCACCGGUUGAUGGGAAGCCAAUGCUACUUACACCUGAAGAAUCAAUACAAAUACAAAAUAGAAUUGGAGCCGAUAUCAUUAUGGCUCUUGAUGAUGUUGUGAGAACCACUAUUACAGGUCCAAGAAUUGAAGAAGCUAUGUAUCGCACUCUUCGCUGGAUUGAUAGGUGCAUAGCAGCUCACAAGAAACCACAUGAACAGAAUUUGUUCGGCAUUGUACAAGGUGGCUUAGAUCCAGUUUUGAGGGAUAUAUGCGUCAGAGGUUUAGUGGAUCGUAAUUUGCCCGGCUAUGCUAUUGGUGGUCUUGCAGGCGGUGAAGAUAAAGAUUCAUUUUGGCGAGUUGUUGCUCAGUGCACUGCUGCUUUGCCUGAGGAUAAACCAAGAUAUGUUAUGGGUGUUGGCUAUCCACUAGAUGUUGUAGUUUGCAGUGCUUUAGGUGCUGACAUGUACGACUGUGUCUACCCUACACGAACUGCUCGCUUCGGCACUGCUCUUGUACCUGAGGGCGUUUUAAAACUUAAGCACCAGGCAAUGGCUGAUGACACUCGUCCUAUUGAUUCGACAUGCGAAUGCAUGGUGUGCAAAAAUUACACAAGAGCUUACAUUCACUGUCUUGUUACUAAGGAAGCUAUGGGAUCCCAACUUUUGUCCUAUCACAAUUUGUUUUAUAUGAUGAAGCUUAGCAGAAAUUUACACUCAUCAAUUAUUGAAGGCCGGUUUCCAGAGUUCAUUUGCAAAUUUCUGCAGAAGAUGUUCCCAAAAGGCGACGUCCCUGAAUGGGUCUGCAAUGCCAUGGAGGUUGCUGGAAUCAACAUUUCUUCAUGCUGCGCACCCCUUCCCGUCAUCCAAUCAUGAAUUAUUAGCAAAUAUGCAGAGGAAGGAAUUAAUUUAGUGAGAAUUCUGCAGCUUGCUUCUUACAUUAAAAUGGAGGAUAGGAUACACACAACAAGGCAGCAUAAAGUUUUGUGCUCAAUAUGCUGGCAAAAACCUUUCAAUUAGAAGAAAACCAACACAAUGGAUCAAUGUUGUUGUUAGUUUAAUUUGAUCAAGUAAUCAUUUUUCCUAGUUUAUUCAAUAUUAGAAAAUUUCUUGAUGAUGAAUAUGUAUUACGUAAAAUCAUCAAUUCAUACAUAUGUCAACAUGUAAAUAAGAUUAUAUCUUACUCAUAUUUCUAAAUUUGUUACUUUUA